AUGUUGCUGGCAUCAAAACUCAAGAAAAUCGCCACACUGAUUAUUCAUACAUUCAUCCUUUUUCUUUUUCAGAGGAAAUCUAAAAUCUCAGCCUCCCGUAAACUCAUGCUGAAGAGCUUAAUGGUUGCUAAGGCCAAGGAGGAGCUGGAGCAGGAGAUGGUGGAAAAAGAGGAGCAGAAGGCAAAGUACCUAGAAGAAAAAUCCCCUCCAAUACAGACCAGCGGCAUGUCCUUAGAACAGCUACGGACGUUAUGUGAGGAGCUGCACGCCAAAAUCGACGUAGUGGAUGAGGAGCGGUACAACAUUGAAGCCAAAGUCAUGCACAACACCAGGGAGAUCAAAGAUCUGAACAUCAAGGUUCUGGACCUGAGAGGGAAGUUCAAGAGACCAAACCUGAGGAGGGUGAGGGUCUCUGCUGAUGCCAUCCUGCGCUCCCUGCUGGGCUCCAAACACAAAGUAUCUCUGGAUCUGAGAGCUAAUCUCAAAUCAGUCAAGAAGGAAGACACAGAGAAGGAGAAGACGGUGGAGGUGAGCGACUGGAGGAAGAAUGUGGAGGCCAUGUCAGGAAUGGAGGGUCGGAAGAAGAUGUUUGACGCAGCAAAGGGCCAAAACCAGUGA